AUGCAAAAAAUAGAAACAGCUCUUAAUCUAUUUGUUGCAGACCAUUCAUCUAUUCAUUUAUUAUAUCUAACUGAUAAUGAACAAAGCAAAUUAGAAGAUGUACUUGCCUUACUAGAACCACUUGAAGCUGCCACGAAAUUGCUUUUGGCUACAUCAUAUCCAACCAUGGGUGAUAUACUCCUUGAUCCUUGUACUAAAUUAAAAAUAUUUGAUAUAGCAGAUGCUGUUAAUGCUAAGAAAGCUAUUCAAGAAGCUAUAAAUCAAUACGUUCAUGGAGAUAGACAUACUUUACUAACCUCUGACGAUGCUUUUGAAAGUUUGAUCAAAACUGCAAGAAAAUUUUUUUGGAACCUGCACAAUCAAUCAGAAAUAGAAGAACCUAAUUAUACAGUUGAAAAUACUUCGAGACAAGAAUUAUCAGCUAUGGAUACCAAUGAAUUGGACAAUUAUCUUACAUUUGAUACUGUUGAAGAAGAUACUGACCCACUGGAUUGGUGGAAAACGAAUUAG